AUGCUGUGGGUGGUAUCAUCUGAGCUGACUAUGUAUAUAUACAGAGAAAAAAAGCUAGAGAAACCAUUUCUAGUGACUUAUGUUAGGAGCUCCUUGUUGUUCAUAUAUCUAUUAGUAUUAUGUUUCACUCCGCCUACAAGAGAUCCCUGCCAACCAGCAGAUUACACGCAACUGCUAGAACCUACUGCAGAAACAGAUGAUGAGAAUUUCUAUACAGAAGCUAAUAAUAGUUUGGGUGAUUCCACCUUUGUUCCUGUCAGAGCAGGCGAAACUACAGAUAGUGAUGAUGCAACACCUAGAGCUGUUUGUUUUAAUAAAGUUGCUGAGGUGCGUGUAAUGUCAGCGGCUAUGGCGGGUGAGGCCCUACUAGCCCGGCUGUCGUGGUCGGCGUCACUGCGCGCGACAGAAUACGCUCAAAGACGUGCUGCCGCCGCCGCUACGAGGCGACACUUGAAACUCGCUCUCGUGUUUUGUAUACCAUGGUUCAUUUCCAACUAUUUGUAUCGUCUGAGUCUGCUACAUUCGUCAUCUUGCUCAGCAACUCUAUACACGUCGACGACUGGCGCCCUCACGCUAUCCUUUGGCGCGUUGUUCGCGCAAGUGCCCGCCGAUCGUUUCUCCCUAUCAAAAUGUAUUGCUGUCCUGCUCACUACCGCUGGUUUGGUAGUUUUAGGAGUUACAGAGAGUCAUCAAAGUAAUUGGACAGCAGUCUUGGCUGCCUUAGGGUCUGCACUUUGUUACGCCGUACAUCUUUUAUUAUUUCGUCAUGAGUUGAGGAAAGGAGAUGGAAUCAAUUCAUUUUUACUUGUAGGCGUGGUGGGGUGCGCGUGCGGCGGGCUGGCGUGGGCGGUGGGCGGCGCGCUGGCGGCGGCGGGCGCGGAGCGGCUGGAGCUGCCGGCGCCGCGCCUGUGGGCCUGGCUGCUGCUGGACGCCGCGCUGGGCCCGCUGCUCAUCGAGAGCUUGUGGCUCUGGGGCCGGUCACUGACAUCGGCGCAGACGGCUACGCUGUCGCUGGCGCUGACGCUGCCGAUGUGCGCGUGCGUGGAGGCCUACCGCGGCCAGCAGGCGGCCGGCCGCGCCGCCGCCGCGCUGCUGGCCGCCGCGGGCUGGCUGGCCGCCGCGCUGCCCGCGCCCGCGCGCGCCUGGCUGGCCGACGGCCUCGCCGCCAGGCUCAGGGCCGCCGAAGGGUUCACAGCAAUAAGAAAUAUAUCGGAACUAGACGAGCAAUCCGAAGCGUUGAUGUCAUCAGACGAGCCCACG